CGGCUGAGUUCCAUCUCUAAUUUCGAAGCGUUCGAGUUUUCGAUUUCGUGUUAAAAUAUACAAAACGCAAGUCAAUCGAUACGAUCACCGGAAUAUUUGUGCACAACGGUAACGGUUACGGGGACAGAAAAUGCAGUGCUAAUUGAGUUGUGAAAAGUGAAGAAAAGCCGGCUCAGCAGGAGGCGAAAAACAUUUUCCAAACGCAUCAGAUGUAAAUGAGAUGCCGUCGCGCCGGCAGCAGAGGCACCAGCAAGCAAAACCACGCCGACAUCGCCUCCGGAAAUACCAGGAGCCCCAGCAGCAUCUGAUUAUCAAGUGAAGAGUGGAGUGGAGUCAGCACCCAAUCGAAGUUCGAAGCAGUUGAAUAAGUCGACAUAGUUUAGGAUAUAGGAUAUAUAGCCAGGGAGCAGGAGAUCAGAGCAAACUAUCCAGGGGAAGCAGGGAUAUCAUCGAGCAUUUCGGGAGGAGGACGACACACGCCGCGCAUCCAAGAUGAAGCGACGCAACGCCGAUUGUGGCAAGCUGCGGCGGCCCAUCAAGCGCAACAAAAUCACAGAGGGAAUGUACGGCAGCACAACAGUUCUGUACAUGAAGUUUCUGAUCCUUUGGGCCAUCGUGAUGGUUGCCGACUUCAUGUUCAUGUUCCGCUUUGAGUUCUUGUGGCCAUUCUGGCUGCUCCUUCGCUCCGUGCACGAUUCCUUCAAGUACAAGGGACUGGCAUUCUCCGUACUGUUCGUGUGCAUAGCGAUAACGUCGGAUCUGGUCUGUUUGUUCUUCAUCCCCGUUCACUGGCUGCUCUUCGCGGCCAGCACAUAUGUUUGGGUGCAGUACGUCUGGCAUACAGAUAAGGGGAUCUGUUUGCCGACCAUAAUACUCUGGAUGUUAUUUGUCUACCUGGAGGUGGGCAUCCGAUGGAAGGACAGUCGCCACAUGCCGCACCUGGAUCUCUGCCGGCCGUUCGCAGCGCAUUGCAUUGGCUAUCCGGUUGUCACGCUCGGAUUCGGCUUCAAAAGCUACGUGGGCUACCGCAUGCGCCAGCGCAAGCAGCGCGAGGUGGCCAAGGACAACGAGUUCUACAUGCAGCUCCUGCAGCAGGCGUUGCCCGCUGAGGAGGCGACGGCCGAGGAGGCGGCGGCUGCGGGGGCGACAGCCGCAUCCAGCAGCACCGUCGUGGUGGCCAAUGGAUCAGCCAACACGCCGGCGGCCCUGGUCGCAUCAUCAUCAUCAUCUUCGUCGGCGAAUGGAAUUUUGGCCACUGCCACGCAAGCACAAAACCAUCAUGAGCAUCAUCACAGCGGCGGCGCCGGCGCCAGCAGCAGCAGCUCGAGCAAUAGCAAUCAUCACCAUCACCACCAUCAUAACAACAACAGUGGCAGUGGAAGCAGCAACCACAACGGAGGCGGCAAGGACAACAGUACGAGCGACAGUACAGCGGCGGCUGCUUCCUCGUACUCUGCAGCGGCUUCCUCGGGAGCGGGAACGGCAGCAUCUGCAGGUUCAGCGUCCACCGGCUCAUCAUCAUCAUCGUCGGCGACGGCGGGCAAGCAGUCGGCGGCGUCUGCUGCAUCCGCGGCCACAACAGGUGCAGCCUCAACCACUUCUUCUUCUUCUACUACUCCCGUCUCAGCUCUCUCUGCUGAGCAGCAGCAGCAGCAACAUCCGUCGGGGGCUUCUUCCGCCCGUUCUUCCUCCUCCUGCACUUCCGACGGUGCCGACGGUGCUGACGGUUGUUGUGGUGCAACCUCCAAUGGUCACGCUGGUGGUUCAAGGAACCAUCGACGCAGCAUGGACAAGGAUAAGCAUCGCAACAAGGGUGACGCCGCCGAUAAUGAGCACAACAAUGGAGCGCGACACGGGGGUAAAAAUAGCAGCAGCAGCGGCAGCAGCAACAACAACUAUCACCAAGUCGAUAGCGGCGCUGCCACAGCAACCACAACAGUAACAGCUACAUCAAGUAAUAGUAAGGAUAAGGAUAAGGAGAAGUCAGACUGGGAUAGUAGCACCAACUAUCCACAACAACAGCAGCAGCAGGGGGGCAAGGAAAAGCACGACAAAAAGGCGGCUAACGCUGUUCCCAACGGAAAUGCCAAUCACCUUGAGGUCGAGGAAACGGCCAGUGUGGAGCCAGCACCACCUGCUGAAAAGGCACCCAAGGGUCGACGCAAUCGCGGCAAGAAGGAUAAUGCAGCAAAGGACAAUCACAGCCAUCAGCAGCAGCUGGCUCAGCAGCAGAAGGAAAAGGACAAGGAGAACACGGCCAACAACAACAAUAACGACGCAAGCUCAGUCUCAUCCUCGGCCAGCUCCACCUCGAGCAAUGCCAUCGCCAACCUGGCCAGCAAGGUGGUCUCCAAGAUCUGUGAGACCUGUCUUAAACUAGAGGCCGAUGUGAAGAAGUAUCGCACUGAAAUCAGCCACAUGAAGCAAAUCGAAAACGAACUGCGCCAGAAACUAGACGCCAAUCUCACCAGCAAGUCAACGCUGCAGGCCAAGCAGAAGGAGUGCGACGACCUGGAGAAGCGCAUCCAGGAGCUGAACAACGCUCGGCACGCCGACAUGCUCAAUCUGCAGACGGUGGAGCGGCGGCUCAACGAGGAGCGUCGCCAGAAGCAAUCCCUGGACUCGCAGCUGGCCAACGAGAAAAAGGCUCGCAAGGCGGCCGAGGAGAAGGCCGCUCGGCCGGAGUGCAGCUCCCAGUGCAAGCAGCGGCGCCAGCAGAUGGAUGAGGAGCAGAAGCGACUGCGGGGCGACCUCAAGCAGACGGAGGAGGCCAAGCAACUGGCCGUCGAGCACGGACGCAAAGUGGAGCAAGAGUACCGCAUGCUGGAGGCGAAACUAAGGAAUCGCGAAUCGUCGCAGCCCGACCCCGAGAUGCUUUUGAACGCCCUGGCUGCCAUGCAGGACAAGAACGCAACGCUGGAGAAGAAUCUCUCCGCGGAGACGAGAGUCAAGCUGGACUUGUUCUCGGCUCUGGGCGCUGCCAAGCGCCAGAUUGAAAUAUCUGACAACCAUCGUCGCUCCAAGGAGGAUGAGGUCAUCGAUCUCAAGGCAAAGAUUGCCCAACUUUUGGCCGUGAUGCCAGACAACUUGUGCAUGAACACCGGGCCGCAUGGACCGGCGAGCAGCUUGCUGCGCAUGAACGACACGCCGCCGCUGCAGUCGGGACCCGGGCCGUCCUCGCCCAUGCUCAGCCUGAGCGCUGCGCAGGAGUACCAGCAGCAUCAACAGCAUCAGCAGCAUCAACAACACCAGCAGCAGCAACAUCACCAACAGCAGCAGCAGCAACACCAACAGCAUCAACAUCAGCAACACCAGCAGCAUCAACAACAUCAGCAACACCAGCAGCAUCAACAUCAGCAGCAGGGAGGCGGUGGUCCCGGCUCCCAGCAGCAAAUGGUGCCCGUCAGCGUGGCCGCUGCCCUGCAGGUGGCUGCGGCCAAUGCGGCUGCCGCCAACGGAAACAACGGCUCAACGCUGGAUCCCAAUGCCAGCGUGUACACGCCCAAGACGGGCAACAUGAUGGUCGUGUCGCCGGUGGGCCUGAACAACAACGGGACGGAUGCCUGACGCCAACAGCAGCCGCCGCAGCAGCAGCAGCAGCAGUCCUCGUCGUCCUCGCAUUUGCAUCUGCGACGACAAGUUUGAGAUUAUUAUACUUUAUAUGAAUUAGGGAAAACAAACGCAAGCAACCGUCGCCACAGCAAACGAUGAGCAGAGUUUGCCUACAAUAUCUGAAUGUCCGUAAUAUGAAUAAGCAGUUUCCUUUAAAAUUUAAACACCGCCACAGAAGCGCCGGCAGCACUGAUGAAUGCAGCUCAAA